CACAUCCUCAGCGUCAGGGGUUCAUUCCAGGAUCUUUCCCGUGAGUCCCAGGGAAAGCAACAACUGAAGGCAGAGGAGGAGACACGCGAAACAGAGGUUUUCUUCUAAGGUCUGUUUGAACACUUCUUGAUUGUUUUCAUCAUUGGAUGAGUCUGAAAAGAAGUGGAAGCAAGGCAUGGGAAGCCUUAAAAAGGAGAAAGAGCUUCCUGGAGUUUUUUAAGUGUGGUGCAGAAAAAGGAAGUCAUCGAGUCCCCUCAUCUUCUCCGUGUAAACAUCACAAAAAGGUUUGGAAGUUGUGCUCCUGCAACAGGGAUGUGAAAUGAUGCAAAAGGCAAAGAAAGGCACAUUCCAGUGGGAAAUAAGGACCGUGUCCUAACAGAGAGGCUGCUCAGCCACCAGAACAAGCUGCCAAGAGCAGCACUAUCUUUGUAUGCAGGGGAAAUCGAGAGGAGCCUUUAUGAGAAAGAUGCUUUCACGGAGAGAGGAGUGAUCUGCUUCCAUAAAGCCAUAAGUCACUGGAAACCUAUCGACUGUGACGUGCAGGAGAGUGAAUUCCAUGAUUUAACAAUCCCUUUUGGCCUUAAAAUGUAUCCAUCUAUGACAGAUGUCAGAGACGUUCCUCAGUGGAGAGGUGGACUCGCUUCUCAUGGAGACACAGAGGACAACAACAAUCCCUGCAAUCGGUUACUGCCCUUCCCCAAACUCAGCCUGGGGCAACGCUCCCUCCUCAGCCACGUUUUGGGGCUGGAGGAAAGAGCAGCAGCAGCCAGAGAAAACCGUCUGUGUGCUGCAGGUGAUGCACUCCUGGCUUGCCACAGAUCCUACAAGUCCCGACCUACCCAUGGAAUUGGGAAGUUUAAAUACCUGCUCCCAAAGGAGCUUCCAAAGAGGAGAAAGGAAAAAGUGCAGAUGAAAGAGAUCAAUGCUGGCACCGAGUACCAGUAUGGAGACAUCAACAUCCAGAUGACUUCCUAUGAUCUGUGCCUGGUGGAGCAUUUUGCUCAGUACGUCCACAGACUCUGCAACCGCCUCUCCAUCCGGGUCAACGAGAGCUACGCCAUGCCCACCAAAACCAACGAGGUGCUGUUCCUGGAAGAGAAGGGAUCCAAAAUGCAGCUGGAUGCAGUCCUUACCACCCACCAGAGGGUUGUCCAGAUCUGCGGUUUGAGCUCGACGUUUGCUCCCAUACUGCUGGAAAUCAUUCAGAGUAGCCAGCCUGAGGGGGUGCAUCUGUUGAUGAAACAGCACACGGAAGCCGAUUUCAAGAGCCGACUGAAGUCUCGACCAGAGCUGGAAGAGCUGCUGGCAGAAAUGUCCUGAGGUGAGGAACAGUGUGCCAUCCAUGGGCUCUUCCAGCCUCCAGAGGGUGCUUCCAUGAGCUCUGUACUGAUGACUUGGUGAAUUGGAAGGAAUUCCCACUGUUGGCAACCAGCCUGUCCCAAUAAAAAUAAAUGAUGUGUUUGUUUCUAA